AUGGAGCCGCAGCCCAGGGCAGAUGCAGCUCCUCCAAAGGGGACAGACAAACUGGGGGUGCCCUCUGCUUCGACUGAAUGCAAGCAAGCCAAUCAGCCGCUAGCAGCUGCGCUGCAGGACCUGCAGCGCGAGUUAAUUGCUGUUGCUAAGAGCAACAAAACUCUUUCGGACUGUCUGUACACCACACGGCAGCGGCUGAAGGUAGCAGAAGAGCAGCGCAUGCAAUUAGCAGCAGAUCUGCGGUGUAUCUGCAGCCGCAUGGCUGCAACAAUCUCCGCAUUCGAAGCUAAACACAAAGCAGCAACAGCAACAGCAGCAGCAGCAGCAGCAGCAGCAGACUGCAGCUGCAGCAACACAGACGCUGUAGAGCAGCUACUAGUCUUUGCAGGCUUCCUUCAUCUAAAGCUGCAGCUGCUGCUGCAGCACCACCUUAACGAAGAUCAGCAGCAGCAACAGCAGCAGGAGCAGAACAAAGACACUGCAGCAACAACCGCUGCAGUACACAGACAGCAGCAGGAGCAGCACUCGCAGCAACAACAGCAGCAGCAGGAGCAGCAACAACUCGACUGUGUACUAAGGGAGAACGAGCGGCUGCAGCAGCAGAACCGACACCUACUGCAGCAGCUAGAGGUGCUGCAGCAGCAGCAGCAGCAGCAGCAGCUUCAGCAGCAUCAAAACACAGCAGUUGGAAGCCCCACGCACCGACUCGCGACGCAGCAGCAGCUGCCCUGGGCUGCAGCAGAAGUAGCAACAGCAGCAAACACAAGUGAAGCAGCAGCAGCUGCUGCACCAUCUCUGUCUUGGGGGCCGGCGGACGCCUCCACAUGUAAGACGCCUCUCCACAUGCAGCAGCAGCAGCAGCAGCAGCAGCAGCAAGAGCAGCAGCAUAGCCUGUAUUCAGCAGAGCUAAGGGAUCACUCCGAGUGGGUGAAAGGCAACAGCAGCAGCAGCAGCACCCUGCCAGACACAGCAGCAGAAACAGCAGCAUCAGCAACAGCACCAGCAGCAGCAUUCUCACAGCCACAGGGGCCGCAGAGCUCCGAGCAGCAGCAGCAGCAGCAGCAGCAGCCAGCGGCACGCCCGCCCCCUCUCGCAGACUGUUCCCUUAACUCUUCUCAAACAGCAGCAGCAGCAGCAACGGCUGCUGUUGCUGCUGCAAAUGCGCCUGCUGGAUUGGCUGUGUCUCCUACCUCUUCUUUAGACACAAGUCGAAGUUCGUCUUCUUGCGGCUCGAGCCUUUCCUCUUACCGUUCCCCGGGUGCGUCAGCAGGAGCAGCAGCAGCAGCGGCAGCAGCAGCAGCAGCAGCAGCAGGACGGCAGCGGCGGCCUUCUUGUGUGCCGUGCAUAUCAACAGAGAAGGCAGGGGCUGGGUCGUGGAUGGGGGGUCAUAAGGAGCCCUCAGAGUAUCCUGUAGGCAGCUGA